AUGCCCACUGGCAGGGACAAUGACUUCCCUUCCUUUUCUGAUGAUAAUGCAUCCAUUCUCGUCAAUCAGAUGGCUCAAUAUGCACUGAACUUGACUGUGGAUUCUCUCGGAAACCAUUCUAUAACCCGACAUGGAAAGGGAUGCACACGCGAAACUCUGCAUGUGCGGCGAGACUGGAACGUCUUUACAAAGCCAGAGAAGAGAAAUUUCAUCAAAGCUGUGCUUUGCUUGCAGAAACUUCCGGCGAAGACGCCAUCGCAUCUUGCGGCAGGGGCAAAGAGUCGAUUCGACGACUUUUUGGCAACUCAUAUAAAUCAAACCUGGUGGAUUCAUCGUACAGGAUCAUUUUUCGCGUGGCAUCGGUAUUUUAUUUACCAGUAUGAGCAAGUUCUCCGCAAUGAGUGCGGCUAUAAUGGCAGUUAUCCAUAUUGGAACUGGCCUGCAGAUACUGAUGACUUGGAAAAGUCACAGUUGUUUGACGGCAGUGAUACAUCCCUCUCCGGAAAUGGAGUAUUCAUUCCCAACCAGAAAAAUCUCGAAGUAACACUCCCAACAGCUGACUACCCAGCAAUCGAGCUACCACCAGGUAGUGGAGGAGGCUGUGUAACUAGUGGUCCCUUCGUCAACUUCACAGUUAAUAUGGGCCCGUCUUUCCUUUACCAGCCUGGAGGGAAUAUAAGUAGACAGUCGAAUCCCCUCGACUAUAACCCACGCUGCUUAACGCGCUCUCUUACAACAUCAAUCCUGAAAGAAAAUAACAACUACGAUGAACUUGCUGAGACUCUGACAGAGCAUGAUGAUAUCUGGGAUUUCGAAACUCAUGUAUGGGGCACAGCUGGCGACGCCGCUUUAGGUCUUCAUGGCGGUGGUCACUUUGCCAUGGGUGGUGAUCCUGGCCGCGAUUCAGAUGCUAGUGCUGGAGAUCCAGCGUUCUAUCUUCAUCAUGGCAUGAUUGAUCGUGUGUGGUGGAUCUGGCAAAACCAAGAUUUGGAGAAAAGACAGUAUGCUAUCGCUGGUACGAACACAUUUCUUGAUCAUCCCGCUUCUCCAAAUACAACGCUUGACACUGUUCUUCAUGUUGGGUAUGCUAGCGGUAAUGAGAAAGGUGCUUCCAUAAGUAUGAGAGAUGUUAUGAGUACGACGGCUGGACCAUUUUGUUACGUUUAUGCUUGA